GAGCCCCGUCCAGGUCCAGUUGGACCAAGCCCAAUCAAGCCUGUUCCGUCACACGAUCCACUUGAUUUCUAUGCUGAACGAGACAGAUGCCUUCAAGAGAAACGGCUCUUUGAAGAUCCACAUUUCCCAGCACAGGAUAGCUCGCUAUUCUUCAGCAGAAGACCACCAAAAAUGAUUGAAUGGCUUAGACCUGGAGAGAUUGUUCGUGAGCCCCAACUCAUCACAGAGGGACAUUCUCGUUUUGAUGUCAUCCAGGGUGAACUUGGUGACUGCUGGUUACUAGCUGCUGCCGCUAACUUGACGCUGAAGGACGAACUGUUCUAUCGUGUCGUUCCUCCAGAUCAGUCCUUUACCGAGAACUACGCCGGUGAGUGGUUUAUUUUUUCUUGA